AUGGAAGUGACAACGAAUACACAACGAAAAGGUUUGCCACGUUCUCUUCAAUUUCAACGUAUGGAACGAAUUGUAAAAGCCAUGCAACAUCCUACAGCAGGUGUGCCUGUUCGAAGUCAAAAGCUUUUUCUUACGACAGUACCUAAUGCGUUCACCGGCAAUGAUGUUACCGAAUGGAUUAUGCAAAAACUGGGCGUCAAAGAUUCCGUCGAAGCACUUCACUUAGCUUCGUUGCUAUGUUAUUACGGGUACUUCUUUCAUGUAACUACAAACGGCGCUGUGCAGAUUAAAGAAGACAACGAAUUAUUUCGUUUUCAAGCACCUUAUUUCUGGGUCUCAACCAACUGGACUACAGGAAAUACAGAAUACGCUAUUUAUUUAAUCAAACGAACAUUACGAAAUCGUCAACGGCAUGGCCUUGAGGAACAUGAAAUGCGUGCCUUGGAUGAUCUGAAGAAGAAGCUACUUCAUCAAUGGGAUUUUGUCACCAUGCAAGCCGAAGCACAAUUCAGAGUUUUGAAAGAUCGUAAAAAGACAGAUAAGACCAUAAUUGACAGUCAAGAGCGCGCGUUUUGGCGUGUAAUGCGUCCAUCUCCGGAUGAAACAUCUGUUCUUGAAAUGGAUAUUCGCAACGAUCUUUACACGUUUAGGCCAAUGAGACGCGAUGAAGCUUUGAAACGUCGUCUUGAAUAUCUUCAACAGGCUUUGACAAAUCGAGUCCGAACGAAAUCAUCACAAACACAUCAAAGAUUUGUUCGAACAAAAGCUCUCUAUCGUUUAUUUUCGUUUAGUUUAUGUGCAUUCUUUGAAGUAUUCAGUGAUUAUGAUCCAUUUUUGGGCCAUUGUCCACCGUCGAAUCCAUGGUUAACCUCGGACACAGAUCGAUGGGAUCUGAUGCAGCCAUUAGUGGAAAAUCCAACCCAACUGCGUGUUCGUCGUUGGUCGUUCAACUGUAAAGAGCUUCUUUCUGAUCCAACGGGUGUUCGCGAGUUCAUGAAGUUUUGUAAAGCGGAUUUUUCAACUGAAAGUUUAAAUUUUUACCUUCACGUGCAAGAAAUACGUAAUUGUUCAUUGGCGAGCAUCAAGGAGAAAGCCGAUGCUGUCUAUCGUGAACAUCUAGCACCAAAUGCUCCACAAGAAGUGAACAUCAACGACACAAUUCGAACUAGGAUUAUUAAAUUGUUAAGCAAUCCUAAUCGCGAAAUAUUUCUUGAAGCUGAAAAACAUAUUAUUGAACUGAUGAAGAAGAACAGCUACCCACGUUUUAUUCAAUCAGAACAAUAUCGUAAUCUUUUGCAAAACGCAUCUAAUCCAGUACCAAAGAAAACUGGAAUAUUUCAUUUUGUCAAAGACAACUAUUUCCGUACAUCAUCCAGUAGCAGUGAAGAUGAAUAUGAUUCCGAUGAUUCAGCUCAUAAAGGUGAAGCAGCCGCAGGCACACCUGCGGCUAAUACUGUCAAUAAAACCCAACCUCUAACGGCGCCAGUGACACCUGCAGCGAAUGCAGUCAACACUACAUCCGUCCAAUCAGGCGGUGGAAGUGAUGGAAAUAAAGGUAAUCCACGAAAGUGA